CAUGCACAGGCAGACCCCCCUCUCACAUAGGAGUAGAUCGAGAGCGGUGAAGAGCAGAAGGAGCUGGGUGGCAGGAGAGAGGCAGGAGGGCUGUUGUUGAUUGAACAAAGCCAGGAAAGGAGUGCGCAGUCCUGGGGAGAAGAGCAGCUGUGAAAUGCCUCGAAGGGAGCCUGCCAGCAACUCCUGCAGAGACCUGAAGGUGUUGAGCUUCAGCUGAGGAUGGCAGGAGAUUCUCGAGUCCUCAUGGACCACAACAUGGAGAUAGGAGUCACACCUGCACAGGUGAAGAAGCUUCCUAAACACUUGCGGGAGGCUCAGAUCUCGACAGAGCGAACCCACUUGAUUUCUGACCCAGCGAAGAAGCCACGUCAGCGAUACGUGCAGAAGGACGGCAAAUGCAACGUUCAUCACGGAAACGUGCAAGAGACCUACCGAUACCUCAGUGACUUGUUCACUACGCUGGUGGACCUACGCUGGCGACUUAGUCUCUUCAUUUUCACCUUGGUUUAUAUAGUCAACUGGCUUUUCUUCGGCUUUCUGUGGUGGCUGAUAGCGCUCAUCCGUGGGGAUCUGGUGCAUGCUGAUGAGGAGGACUGGAUCCCCUGUGUGGAAAACCUCAACAGUUUUGUCUCAGCCUUCCUCUUCUCCAUUGAAACGGAGACCACCAUUGGGUACGGUUAUCGUGUAAUCACAGAAAAAUGCCCUGAGGGUAUCAUACUGCUUUUGGUGCAGGCCAUCUUGGGUUCCAUUGUUAACGCCAUGAUGGUGGGUUGCAUGUUUGUCAAGAUCUCACAGCCAAAGAACCGCGCUGAGACCCUCAUGUUCUCGCACAAAGCUGUCAUAUCGGUGCGAGACAACAAGAUGUGCCUGAUGUUUCGGGUGGGGGACCUGAGGAACUCUCACAUCGUGGAGGCAUCGAUCAGAGCGAAGCUGAUCCGCUCGCAGCAGACCAAGGAGGGGGAGUUCAUCCCGCUCAACCAGACUGACAUCAACAUCGGCUUUGACACGGGAGACGACCGGCUGUUCCUGGUGUCGCCGCUUAUCAUCUCUCACGAGAUCAACGAGAAGAGCCCCUUCUGGGAGAUGACACUGCCACAAAUGGAGAAGGAGGAGUUCGAGAUUGUCGUUAUCCUUGAGGGCAUGGUGGAGGCCACAGGGAUGACAUGUCAGGCACGAAGCUCCUACCUGGACACAGAGGUGCUUUGGGGCUACCGGUUCACACCUGUUCUCUCCCUGGAGAAGGGCUUCUACGAGGUAGACUACAACAACUUCCACGAUAUCUAUGAGACCAACACCCCCACCUGCAGCGCCAAGGAGCUAGCUGCUAAGCUACGGGAGGGGCCACUAUUGCCUCAGCUUUCGCUCCUCAGCCCUGAGCCCAAAAUGCAUACUUUUGACACCCUUGACCGCAUGUCCGAACGGGACCCACUCAGCCAGGAUGAGGACAAAGAGGAGAGAGAUUCAGGGGGUGACAGAGGAGAGACUAAUGGCUCAGCUGCCGCUUUGGAGGAUCCGCCCCUUGCUGAUGGACUGCCUGACUGAUGUGACUGGCGGCCACAUCAGGUAAAACUCCAGGAGAGACUGGACAUGAGGACAGGACAAUAUAAUGCUUUAUUUAGUCAAUGGCCAGCUUGUUCCUUUGCAAUGCUUGGAGAUACAAGACCUCUGUCUCCAGCCCCCGACUCAUGCAAUACUCCUCUACUAGAGUGUCAAUCUAUAGUAUAGAUUGGUUUUGUAGACACGUAAGUACAUACACAGACACACACGCACAGUAUCUAUAUCUACACUUAAAGGAUGGUGGUUCAGAUUGUCUUUUUAUAAUCGUAACGACCACUUACUGCUGUAACAGCUCAAGUUGUAUAAUGUGAACUUGAGCUGAAACUGGUAGCCAUGACAGAGUACCAUGGGCUUAUUAUGGAUACUCCAAUAUUCUCAUUUUAGAGUGUGUUGAUUCAGCUUCAUUUGAACAGAGUACAACGGAACCUUGUUAUUGACGAUGAUUUUUAAAAUGUGAAGAAUAUUAUUUCCUUUCUCUGUCAGUGUUGUUAUUAUUCUGUGUGACAAACCCCGAUUCACCCAGGAGGAGAUGUACGAGGCUUUUAGUUUGCAUUGGCAAGAGAAGAUGUAGGAAAGUGUUCUAUAAAAGGCAAUAUGUACUGGCAACCACUAUCCAAAUUUGUUUUCUUUGUUCACACCUUCCCUGUCAUAAAAACCCUCAUACUGUGUCUGAUGGUCUCCCCAAAAUAGUGGGAGCCUUGACCCAAAAGAAACCAGCUAGUACCUCAUUUUAUACUCAUUUUUAGGGUUUGAAAUUAACGAUAACAACUAGGUAAAAGCUGCUACUUCUACUGACUAUUUUAAAAAACUUUUUGACUUGGUUAAAGAUUUAAUUCCACUUCCAGCUGCAGCAACUUUAAACAUUGAUUUCAAGCCCUUUUCUUGGUAUGUAAAGCACAAUUUCCCACGAGGUGAUUCCACACUGACCUGACUACCCACCUAGCCCCCGCUACUGGCUGAUGCAUGUCAGUCCUAAUUGAAAGUCAAUUCCAAAUGUAGAUUCAAAUAUUUAUAUGAAACAUCGAUGCUCAACUGCUAUUUGAAAUGUUCUUGGUUUUUAUACACCACUCACGUAAAUAUUUGAAAUGCUCCA